CGCCGGGCCAAUAAGAGCCCGCGCAGGUUCCGAUCCACUCCGCCGCCAGGCGGGUCGCACAACCACCCCGCCUCCAGGACAGUCUUCCCCACCAGACUUCCCGCCCCCUCCCCUCCCCCUCCGAUCCCUCUGCUCUCCGCCGCACACAUUUGUGCAGCCUCUACCACCCUCCCCGAGCAGCAUGUCUUUCUCUGAGGUUGUCUGCCCCGCCUACGCUCCCUUCUUCGGCAUGGCUGGCGGCACCCUUUCCAUGGUUUUCAGCGCCAUCGGUGCCGCUUACGGUACUGCCAAGGCCGGGACCGGUAUCGUCGGUAUCUCUACCUUCAAGCCGGAGGCUGUCAUGAAGUCUCUCAUUCCUGUCGUCAUGGCUGGUAUCGUGGCCAUUUAUGGCCUGGUCGUUGCCGUGCUCAUCUCCUCCGGUAUUGGUACCCCGGGUGGUGCUUACUCCCUGGCCAGUGGUCUUGUCCAUCUUGGCGCCGGUUUGAGCACUGGUCUGGCCGGUAUGGCGGCUGGCAUUGCUGUCGGCUUCAUUGGUGACGCCGCCGUUCGCGGCUACCUCCACCAGCCCAAGCUCUUCGUCGGCAUGGUGCUCAUGCUCAUUUUCGCCGAGGUCAUCGGUCUCUACGGCCUGAUUGUUGGCCUGAUCCUGCAGACCCGUGCUGACAACAGCAUCUGCUUCCAGAACUAAAGUGUGUCACCGCAUGCUGUACAUCCCCCCCCCCCCCAUGGCGGGUGGAGGGCUGCCGUAGGGCAUCAUCCUGCCCUCCCCCUCUCCCUCCCACCAUGUUUCCUUGUCACUCCCGCACCUUCAAAUCCCUCCCUCCUCAGUCCUCCCCCCCCCCUCUCCUCCCUUCGCAUCUGGAGUGGGAUGUGGCCGAGGCUAGGCGUGUAGCACCAUGCCCGUCCUCCCAUGUCCCUCUCCCAGCAGCAUGCUCUCCCUUUCAAUAUAAACGAUAAAUAUGUACACA